AUGAUUGCGUUAGAUUACCAACCAUACUCAAUCGUUGAUGACCGUGGAUUUAAGAAUUUAAUAAACACACUAGAGAGCAAGUAUAAACUGCCAACCAGACAAUAUUUAUCUUCUACUGAAAUUCCUCAGCUGUAUUCAAAACGAUUAUCUGAACUCAAGAAAGAAAUAACCACUGAAUUGAAUAAUAUGCAAUCCAUAUCCUUUAAUUUUGAUAUCUGGACCAGUGGAGCUCAACAGCCAUAUAUAUCACUAACAACACAUUAUUUAACUAAACAAUUUGACCUCCGUAACAAGACAAUAGGAUGCUCAUACUUUCCUGGAGAACAUACUGGAAAAAUAUUUUUCUCAAAAUUAAAGCUAUGGUUAAUGAAUGGAACAUUGAUAUUUUGA